CUAAAGGAAAUCACCAUGGUUGCCAAUGGGCCAUCUAAAAAAGAAAUUAGCAAGAUGAAAGAAGAGUUGAAGAGAAGAUUAGGGAUUGCUUCCAAGAUCAAAAGCGCCAUGGACCUUUGGCCGCGACAUUGUUCGAAUCUUGGUAUUAGUAGUAAAGAUAAGAAGGCUGUGGAAGAAGCCCUGAAGAAUUUGGCAAAUUUUGAUAUUAGGAGAAACCCUAAUUCUGUUGUGGCAGCGGUUAUGUACAUGGUAGUUCAGCUUUCUAAUGGGAAUAACUGUUCUGUUCAAGAAGUCUCAAAAGCAGCUGAUGGUGUUGCUGUAGGGACAACUAAAAAGACAUACAAGGAUAUUUAUCCCUAUGCUUCACAGAUAAUACCAACCUGGUUUUGCGGGUUGGAGGGCUUCAAGAAACUUAUCACUCCUUGAACGUCUAAGGCACAACACUGCAAUUCCUAAUUCCUGAUCCUUCCAGCUUAUAUAUGGAGUUCGCUGGGAUGAUUAAUUUGGCUUUCCCCUCUCAACUAGUUGUGGGAUUAUGAUUUGACUAAUUGUCAAAUUUUGAAGUCAGAUUUUGAACUGGUGUCUGAAAUUUGUGGCAUGAUCGCUUAUGCCAACUUGUUCUUCAAACAUUCUUUUCCUCCUCACAAAUCGGUGUGCUUUUGAAUGCAAUUACUGGUGUGGGUUGCACAUCGUUUGACACCAAAGGUGGGAAAGGAAAUUUGGAGGAACAGAGUUACAAAACUUAAAAUUGUGAAUUAACUAAAAAAUGGUUGUAAUCUUGGAUUAGAAAAACUAAAUACGAAGAAGGAAAACACGCGUUCAAGAACAACUUUCGGCAAGAAGAGGCAACAAGUCAGCUUUGAAUAUUUGUUGGUCGGUCAAGUGCGCGUCCGAAACAAUGAUUUAAGGAGGACUUUUUCUUAAGUAUCCUUUGUUAAUUCGACCUCCAUUUUCUAGUAGAGAUGGGGUUUGAAACCUACAGAAAGGUCAAGUUUGGAGGAGUUGCAAUUUGAUUCUUCUACGUAUUAUUAAUCAAUGUGAGACUUUUCUCGAAGUGGAGAAAUUCUGUUUGUCUCUUUA